AUGUACAUUAGGUCUUGGGCUGGUUGGCGGGCGGUUCUGAGUAAGCGCACGGGCGACACCCGAGAGGUACUUGCUACCACGGUACUGUACGUGGUGCCUUGCCCAUCGCACCCCUCACCGAUAGCUGCGGAUCAUGGUGGCGAGGAUGGCGAGGAGAGGUUGCCUAACAGAGAGGGAGGCCCCGGCAUGCAGGUGCAGGUGCGUCGAAGUGCGGGGGCCGCAAAGGCAGCAAGAGCAUCAAACGCGCAAAAGGUCGUCUCAGGCCAGGCCGCGGCGGCGUGCAACGACGCCUUGGCUCUCAGAUCAGAAAACAGCAGAGCGGCUUCCCACGUCACGCCGCCUUGUCUAGCUUUUUCCGACUGGCCCUUCCGCUACUGGACUGGCUGGCUGUCCGACGUCUACAAAUAUCUUGCCGGAUCCUUCGCCUACCCUAUCCUGCCCCGCCUUCAGACUUUUGCCAAUGCCUUGCUUUCUCCACCUGCAGGACUGAUGUCCAUUGGUUCCGACGCCGCUGUUUCUUCUGUCGCCUCGCUUCCGCGGGUGCUUUCGUUUUCCAUUCUAUUUGAUAUCGAUAUAUUGUUGCCGAAACGACGCCAAGCCCUCAAUAGCAUGUUUACCGACCACUGGAAACACACGCCCGACGUCUGGCUCUGGCUAUCAACGGCAACUUUCGGGUCUCACGCAAUGAAUGAUGGCAUCAUGCGUUUACCGCGGCUGCAGCCUUGGCCUGACACAGACUACUCCGUUUACAACAGUCGAUCGUCUCACGUUUUGUUCACGCGGCGUCCGACGUCUCAGCGUUCCGCUGCCCAGCCGGGAUCCCGGGGAGCCUGUCGUCGAUAG